CUUUUGUUUUCAUGUUGCCACUUGUUCGAUGAUUUAUAUUCAGUUGCAUCAAGCGCUUCUUCUCGUUGUCUGUACAACAUAGUGAUAUUAUUUUAUGUUUUGGAAGUGAAUUUCGGUGGAUCAAAAUGCAAAAUUUCGCUGAGUUACCACGUUGCAGCUCAUCGUUCGUGGACACCCAACGACCUGGACUGGACAACUGGCGAUCAUCCCCCUCCGACCAGUCAGAUCAACUCCGGGAUUCGGAUCGCACUGUGCUCAACGGCUUUGCGAUAUCUUCAUUCUUGAACGGAUCGUCAACCGACUCGGACGUAUCUCCCAUUUCGACUGUACGGAAGUUUAUCAAACCGUUUGUGGAAAGUGUUUCUGGUACAAAAUCGACCGACGCGAACAUGAUCGGUACAGCUAAGGUGUUAUCGGGUGUAGAAGUGUCCAAAGAUAUUCGUGACAAAUUGAAGAAAGAUGUGAGUGAAAUUAGGAAUAAGAUUCCUACCCUGGUGCCAGGAUUGGCCAUUGUACAAGUCGGUGGUCGGGAAGAUUCGAACGUGUACAUCCGCAUGAAGAUUAAGGCCGCUGAAGAGAUUGGGAUCUAUGCUGAACACGUGCAGUUGCCCACGUCAACAACGCAGGAUGAACUUCUGACAGUGAUUAAACGACUCAACGAGGAUCCCAACUUCCACGGUAUCAUCGUACAGAUGCCGCUCGAGUCGGACAAUCCGAUUGAUUCUCACCUGAUCACCGAUGCUGUUUCUCCCGAUAAAGAUGUCGAUGGUCUUAACACAGUAAACGAGGGACGUGUAGCCGUCGGAGAUUUGAGUGGAUUUCUUCCCUGUACUCCUAAUGGUUGUAUGGAAUUAAUCAAACGCACCGGAAUUCCCAUAGCUGGAUCACAUGCAGUUGUCAUUGGUCGAAGUAAAAUCGUCGGUACGCCAAUGUCCGAACUGCUAAAAUGGCACGAUGCUACCGUAACGGUGUGCCAUUCCAAGACGAAAAAUAUGAACAUGACGAUCAAGAAGGCAGAUAUUCUUGUGGUUGCAGUAGGAAAACCGGAAAUGAUUCGCGGUGCAUGGAUCAAGCCGAGUGCCGUCGUCAUCGAUUGUGGCAUCAAUUCUAUUCCAGAUCCUACCAAGAAGAGUGGUCAGCGGUUGGUGGGAGAUGUGAAGUACGAUGAAGCCCUGGUGGUGGCAUCGCAUGUCACUCCAGUACCGGGCGGCGUCGGCCCGAUGACCGUGGCAAUGCUGAUGCAAAACACCGUUCAGUCUGCGCAGAGAGUGGCUAGAAGGCUGAUCGAUAUGGAGUUCCGCUGGACGAUCAAGACGCUCCCGUUGAAACCGCUGGAACAGGUACCGAGUGACAUCGACAUCGCUCGAUCCCAAACACCAAAGGACAUCUCUCUUUUGGCUUCGGAGAUUGGACUGAUUCCUUCCGAGGUAUCGUUGUACGGAGACAAAAAGGCGAAGAUUUCCCUGAAAGUGCUGGAACGCUUGAGAAACGAAGAGAAUGGAAAAUACGUUGUCGUUGCUGGAAUAACGCCUACUCCACUGGGCGAGGGCAAAAGUACCACCCUGGUAGGUUUGGUACAGGCCCUUACUGCGCACAAGAAAUGCAACUCCAUCGCUUGUCUCCGCCAGCCAUCGCAAGGCCCUACUUUCGGCAUUAAAGGAGGUGCUGCUGGCGGUGGAUAUUCGCAGGUUAUUCCGAUGGAGGAUUUCAAUCUGCAUUUGACCGGAGACAUUCAUGCCGUCACGGCUGCCAAUAAUCUGUUGGCUGCUCAACUCGAUGCAAGGAUCUUCCAUGAAGCGACACAAACCGAUCAGGCUCUGUAUGAACGGCUUGUUCCGGCCAUUAAAGGUUCGAGAAAGUUCUCCGCCAUACAGUUGCGUCGGUUGAAACGUUUGGGCAUCGAAAAGACCGAUCCGUACACUUUGACUCCGGAGGAAAUCCGACGAUUUUCACGCUUGAACAUCGAUCCACAUAACGUUGUUUGGACACGCGUUUUGGAUGUCAACGACCGCUAUCUUCGCAAGAUUACCAUCGGAUUGUCCCCGACCGAGAAAAACAUGAUCCGGGACACCAGUUUCUCCAUAUCUGUGUCGAGUGAGAUCAUGGCAAUUUUGGCAUUGGCUACAACUCUGGAAGAUAUGAAGCAACGACUGGCUAAAAUGGUGGUUGCUUUCGAUCGUACUGGCACUCCUGUAACCGCUGAUGAUCUUGGCGUGACCGGCGCAAUGAUGGUUCUGCUUAAGGAUGCCAUCGAGCCCACGUUGAUGCAGACAUUGGAAGGUACCCCAGUGAUGGUUCAUGCUGGUCCCUUCGCAAAUAUUGCCCAUGGCUGCUCAUCAAUAGUAGCGGAUGAUAUUGCUUUGAAACUGGUUGGAAAACCGGGAUAUGUUGUAACAGAAGCGGGUUUUGGAUCAGACAUUGGCAUGGAAAAGUUCUUCAACAUCAAGUGUCGCGCUUCUGGGAAGGUGCCCAAUGCCGUUGUUUUGGUGAUGACGGUUCGGGCUCUGAAAAUGCACGGCGGUGGUCCUCCGGUCACGUCCGGAGCACCCCUUCGCAAGGAGUACACGAUGGAGAACUUGGAACUGGUGGAAAAGGGUUUGCCAAAUCUGUUGAAGCACAUUGAAAAUGGUUUGAAAUUCGGAGUGCCAGUUGUAGUAGCCAUCAAUGCACACUCAAACGAUACCAAAGCCGAGCAUGAUCUGGUCAAGAAGGCGUGCAAACAAGCUGGAGCCUUCGCUGCCGUGGUCUCCAAUCACUGGGCUUUGGGUGGAGCAGGAGCUGCAGACUUAGCCCAGGCAGUCAUCGAUGCUUGUAACAAUAAAUCGGAUUUCAAACUGCUGUACGAUUUAGAUUUAACGAUCGAGGAGAAAAUCCUCAAAAUUGCCAAAGAAAUGUAUGGUGCUGGAACAAUCGAGCUUACACCAAAAGUUAAGGACGCUAUCAGAUUGUACACUGAGAAGGGAUUUGGAAAUCUUCCAAUAUGCAUGGCUAAGACGGCCAUGUCUUUAACCGGCGAUCCCAGCGCGAAGAAUGCUCCAAAAGACUUCAAGUUGGUAAUCAACGAUAUUUGCCUUUCGGCUGGUGCCGGCUUUAUUGUUCCAAUGUGUGGAGAAAUUACCAAAAUGCCCGGCCUGCCUACCAGACCGUCGAUAUUCGAUAUCGAUUUGAAUACGGAAACGGGCGAAAUUGAGGGGCUUUUUUAACUGGACUUCAGUCAAUGAUAAUAUCUAAUUUAACAGCGUACAGCCAAACGAAGUUACCAACAGCUUCGCCAACAACAACGAAAGGAUGCUUUUAAUUUCAAUCUCUCUGUUUUUCUCCUGAUAGUAAUUGCAUUAUGAAUAUUAGACAUAAGAACCACACAAAUCACUGUUUGAACUUAAUAGAGGGCAUUAUUUAACUUGUUUGUAAGUUUGUCUAAUGAAUAUGUUUACGUUUUACAAAUCUGAGUAGUAAAUAUAAGAAUGACUAACAUAUAUGAAUAUAA